AUGUCACUGAGAGCCGAAAGCCAUGCAGCUACAUCGACGCUGAAGAAGAUCGCUGCAGACAUGAGCAACAUCAUCGAGAGCCUGGACACCAGGGAGCUCCACUUCGAGGGGGAGGAGGUUGACUCGGAGGUGCUAAAUGACCCAAAAGGCACCGUGUGCAUUCCCUUCUCUGCCGUCUAUCACACCCAUGGGUUCAAAGAGCCGGCCACGCAGACGUACCUCACGGGAUGUCCUGUUCGAGUGCGUGUGUUGGAAGUUGAACGCUUUACUUCCACAAAGAAGGUACCAAGCCCCAACGUUUACACCAUCGAGCUGACCCAUGGAGAGUUCACCUGGCAGGUGAAAAGGAAGUUCAAGCACUUCCAGGAGUUUCACAGGGAGCUGCUGAGGUACAAAGCCUUCGUCCGCAUCCCGAUCCCUACCAGGAGUCACACGGUGAGAAGACAAUCCAUCAAAAGGGGAGAACCGAGGCAGAUGCCGAGCCUGCCGCACACCGCGGAGAGCACGGUGCGGGAAGAGCACUUCUCCAGCAGGAGGAAACAGCUGGAAGACUACUUGACAAAGAUCCUAAAAAUGCCAAUGUACAGGAACUACCAUGGAACAAUGGAGUUCAUUGGAGUAAGCCAGCUGUCAUUCAUCCAUGACCUGGGACCAAAGGGCAUAGAAGGGUUCAUCAUGAAGCGCUCCGGGGGCCACCGCAUACCUGGUCUGAACUGCUGCGGCCAAGGAAGGAUGUGCUACCGAUGGUCCAAAAGGUGGCUGGUGGUGAAGGACUCUUUCCUGCUGUACGUGAAGCCUGACUCGGGGGCCAUUUCCUUUGUCCUGCUGGCAGAUAAGGAAUUCAACAUUAAGAUAGGCCAGAAAGAAACAGAAACCAAAUAUGGGUUGCAGAUCGACAAUCUCUCCAGGUCGCUGAUUUUGAAGUGUAACAGCUACAGACAUGCCCAGUGGUGGAGGCAGGGCAUAGACGAGUUCAUUCGGAAGCACGGCAAGGACUUCCUCACAGAGCACCGCUUCGGCUCGUACGCAGCCGUGCAGGAGAACACGCUGGCCAAGUGGUAUGUAAAUGCUAAGUGGUACUUUGAAGAUGUUGCAAAUGCCAUGGAAGCUGCUAAGGAGGAAAUUUUCAUCACGGAUUGGUGGCUGAGCCCAGAAAUCUUCAUGAAACGACCCGUUGUGGAAGGAAAUCGCUGGCGGCUGGACUGCAUCCUCAAGCGGAAAGCACAACAAGGAGUGAGAAUUUUUGUUAUGUUGUACAAAGAGGUGGAGCUUGCCCUGGGGAUCAACAGUGAAUAUAGCAAGCGGACACUCAUGCACCUCCAUCCAAACAUUAAGGUGAUGAGACACCCAGACCACGUGUCCUCCUCAGUGUAUCUCUGGGCCCACCACGAGAAGCUCGUCAUCGUUGACCAGUCCGUGGCAUUUGUGGGUGGCAUCGACUUGGCAUACGGCAGGUGGGAUGAUGACGAGCAUCGCCUGACCGACGUGGGCAGCGUGAAACGGGCGGCGAGUGCUCCGAACUUGUGGGUACUUGGGCCCUCAGCGGCGGAGUCGUCCGAACAUGUGCCCCUGCAGUCUCAAGCUCUGUCCCCAGAAAGCCACUUGCUCCAGAGGAAUGCUGAUGAUGCCCCAGACAUAGCAAAAAUGAAAGGAGUAGGAAAACCCAAAAAGUUUUCGAGGUUCAGUAUUUACAAGCACCUCCAUAAACACGGCAUGCACCAUGCUGACAGCGUCAGCAGCAUAGACAGUGAAUCAAGUUACUGUAACCCCACUAGGAGUCAACCGAAUAUAAUCCAGAGUUUAAAGCCCCAUCUGAAAAUGUUCCAUCACCACACUGAAUCCAAACAGGGGCUCGCUGAGCCUCAGGAGGAUAAAGGAUCCAUCCGCAGCUUGAAGACAGGUGUUGGUGAGCUGCUUGGGGAAACCAGGUUCUGGCAUGGAAAAGACUACUGCAACUUUGUCUUCAAAGACUGGGUUCAACUUGACAAACCUUUUGCUGACUUCAUUGACAGAUACACCACCCCGAGGAUGCCCUGGCAUGACAUCUCCUCCGUGGUGCACGGCAAAGCGGCACGCGAUGUCGCCCGACACUUCAUCCAGCGCUGGAACUUCACCAAGAUUAUGAAGCCUAAGUACCGGUCCCUGUCCUACCCAUUCCUGUUGCCAAAAUCUCAGCAAACUGCUAACGAGUUGAAAUACCAGGUGCCCGAGGCUGUUCAUGCCACAGUCCAGGUGAUCCGUUCUGCUGCUGACUGGUCGGCCGGCAUUAAGUACCACGAGGAGUCCAUCCACAACGCCUACGUCAGCGUGAUAGAAAACAGCAAGCACUACAUCUAUAUAGAAAACCAGUUCUUUAUUAGCUGUGCCGAUGACAAAGUUGUCUGGAACAAGAUCGGCGAUGCAAUUGCUCGGAGGAUACUUAAAGCUCACAGGGAAAACAAGCGCUUCCGAGUGUACGUGGUGAUCCCGCUGCUGCCUGGCUUUGAAGGAGACAUUUCCACCGGCGGGGGGAACGCGCUGCAGGCCAUAAUGCACUUCAACUACAGGACCAUGUGCCGAGGAGAAAACUCAAUCCUGGGCCAGCUGAAGACAGAGGUUGGAGACAAGUGGAUCAACUACAUAUCAUUCUGUGGACUUCGAACAUAUGCAGAGUUGGAAGGGAAACUAGUCACAGAGCUCAUCUAUGUUCACAGCAAACUGCUUAUUGCUGAUGACAACACAGUUAUAAUCGGCUCUGCCAACAUCAACGACCGCAGCAUGCUGGGCAAGCGGGACAGCGAGAUGGCCAUCCUCGUGCAGGACACCGAGACUGUCCCCUCUGUGAUGGACGGAGAGGACUACAGCGCCGGGAGGUUUGCCCAGUCCCUCCGGCUGCGGUGCUUCAGGGUUGUCCUUGGCGGCUCCGAUCUCAGCCCGGAACACCAGGAUCCCGUCUGUGACAAAUUCUUCAAGGAGGUGUGGAUCGCUACGGCAGCUCGCAAUGCCACCAUCUUCGACAAGGUUUUCCGAUGCCUUCCCAGUGACCAGGUGAACAAUUUAACCCAACUGCGUGAUUUCAUCAACAAGCCCAAAUUAGCGAAUGAUGAUCCUGCGAAAGCAGCAGAAGAAUUAAAAAAGAUUCGUGGUUUUUUAGUACAAUUCCCCUUUCGUUUUCUGGAGGAAGAGUACUUGCUUCCUUCUGUGGGAACAAAGGAGUCCAUGGUACCCAUAGAGGUUUGGACUUAA